AGAACCCCCCUUCAAUCAUCGGCGACACCGUAGAAAUCAAAACGAGGGAAUGCAAUCACCGCCGUUUUCCCGAUGAUUGCAUCUGAAACAUUGACACUGUUCCCCAAAAUUCCGAUAUGCAGCCGAGCACGAUUUCCAACAAACCCUAUUUCUUGCAGCUUCAACAGCCCAAAUCGAACUCAGAAUAGAUUGCAUUUCGUUCGUGGAGAAAAGCGUCUAAGUGAUCUCAGCACGUGGGGAAUCGGUGGGCCCUGCAAAUUAUUCGUUCAAGUAUUCGAUCAACGCCAACUGCUCACAGCCAUCAGGUAUUGCAAUGAGCAGUCCAUGAGAUAUAUCGUCGUUGGAAAAGGUUCGAACUGUCUUUUCGACGACUUGGGAUUUGACGGUUGUGUUAUUCUGAAUUGCAUUGUGUUCUUAGAGAAGAUUGAGCCUGGUCUGUACAGAGCUGGAAGCGGCUACCCUGUGAAUCGUCUCGGUUUUCAGACAGCGAGUGAAGGAUUCACGGGGCUCGAAUUCGCCGGUGGAAUUCCGGGGACUGUUGGUGGUGCCGUUUAUAUGAAUGCUGGAGCAAACGGACAGGAAACAUCAGAAGCUGUUGAGUGUGUUGAGCUCAUCACAACCAAAGGGGAGUAUCAG